AUGUCCGCAACCAUUGACUCUAACCGUGGCGUUCAACGCGGUGCCCUGGGCCAGUCCAGUUUCGUGCAUUCAGCUGUCGGUGAUGAUGGGGAGGAGGAUUCCCGUGACCUAACAUCGGGGAUACCCGGGACGCUCUACCUCCCCGGCAGCAAUCUCAACGGCUCUAACUUCUUCUCUACUCUCGAGGGAUUUGAUGAUGAGAUGCGUUUCGAGAGGGCUAGCAAGAUGCCCAAGAUUGACCCUUCUGGACCGUUCUCUUGUGGGCCUACCCUUGGGGACCAACUAGGACCGAGGGACGCGGGCUUCGACACGUCCAUGACGGGAGUCAAUAACAAUUCGACCCUCCUUAUGAAGUUGCUCUCUUCAACUGAUGUUGAAGGUCACCAUGCGCCUGAGGAACCCGGUCCUAGUCAUGCAAUUUACUCGGCUUUGUUGAAUUUAGCCACGAGUGGAGGCAAUCGAUCAACCCCUGGAGCCUCCACUACUUCCAAAGGCUCAGCUGCCAAUAUUAAUAAUCGUGAGCGAUCAGCACAAGGUCACCACACGGGUCCUGCUCUCAUCCUGGGACCAGAAUUGUUUUCUGCUGGUCUCCCGCAGUCCAUGGGCCUAACGACUCUAGCCGCAGCCGUGACGACUCCCACGGUUGGCCGCAAAGUGAGGAGGGUUCAACGCAACUAUGGUACUGGUAAGUUCGCUGGUGCCCACAACUUCCCGAAUGAUGAUGUUAAUGGUCCCGUAAGGGUGGUCCGUAGAGUUCACGGUUGGGUUACUAUUCUGAGACAUGGAGGUAGACAAGCCACUGGCCCCUACCGUGAAACAGUUCAUCAAUGUGUUGAGGACCAAAAGGAAGUCCAUCGACUACGUUUGGAAAGGGGCCUGACCAAUUCUGAGUUGAUGCAACUCCUUGAACAGAUGAAGGUUGUCACUGAUCGACACCCGUCUACGCAGUUGAUCAAGAAACCCAGGAAGCUGGACUAUACGGCUCCCAUUGGCGUUAGACGUAUGCACAAGGGUUUCAGAGCGAGUGUGCGAGUGAGGGGUAAAGAGGUCUAUGGUCCACUACGACAAGAUGUUGCUGAUGCUACCUGUGAUAGAGAGGAAAUGAUGAAGUAUCGUCAUGUAGUUGACGCUCCUGGCAUGAGGGCUUUUGUUAAGACCCUAAAGGAACGCGUCUAUCCUCAUCAUCAACAAGAAGUCCAUCGUUCUCUGCAUGGCGAGCAGGCACCGCCCUCUAACACUCAUUCUAACACUCAUCGUGUAAUGCCUACAUUUGCGACCGAAGCUCAGGGUCCAAUCUUGUCGAUUGGCUGAGGAACGCUGUCAUCGUACUUUAAUUUCCUUCGCGUUCGCACCGAACUACGGCUGACCAUCCAUUAGUUUUGUUGUGUCACAUCUUAUAAUUUCGUAUUUCGCUCGUAUAUGUAGUAUUUGUUCUGAGGGGUUUUGCACCGUGUUCAAGGGUGUCAAGGGUGUAUGGUGGUUCGACUCUAAUUUUCACUACUAAGCGGUAGUGUAUAUUUCUCAUUUGCCACAACCAGUAUUAGCCGUAGAAAGUACUACCAGGUAU